GUCAGCGGCUGUGUAAAGAUGAUGGCACAGUUUUUUGUGGUAGUGGCACCUACAUUCGUGACGGCUUUAUUCAUGCUUGCCGUGCAGGCUGGCUUAAAUACAGUUCAGAUGGAGACACUUCCAUUCAUAUUGGUACAGAAGAAGAUCACGACACAAUUCCAAGCAUUGGUGACCUUGUCAUAGCUCGAGUUACAAACGUGAAUCCACGAUUUUGUAAAUGUGAAAUUACCUGUGUUGGGACAAGUCCUCUUACCGAUGUGUUCAGAGGCAUGGUUAGGAAAGAAGACGUCAGAGCAACGGAAAAAGACAGAGUUGAAAUGUACAAAUGUUUCAGACCUGGUGACAUUAUUGUGGCAAGAGUGUUAUCACUCGGAGACUCUCUUUCUUAUUUGCUUACAACUGCUGAAAAUGAAUUGGGUGUAGUUAUGGCCACAAGUGAAGCAGGAGUCAACAUGGUACCUUUAAGCUGGAGCAAAAUGCAGUGUCCUAAAACACUAAGUGAAGAAUUUCGCAAAGUUGCCAAAAUUCAGCCACAAUAUAUCAGUUUUGUUCAUUCCAUUUACACAUAA